GGCGUUGAAGUCUUUACAAUUUUCGCCAACUCAUUUCUCUCGGGUUUCAUUUAAUCACGAAGAUAAAAGAAAAGGUUGGGCAAAUUUGUAUAUUUUCCCCCUUUCUUCCUCUCGAUGAGAUUAGGGUUUUGUAUCAUUUCUUCGAUUCAGAUCUGAUCUCUGAUUCCGAUCUUUAGAUUCUUCGGUUCUACAGAUCUCCACCUUCAAAACCUAUUCAUUUCUCGGUCAAUUUUGAUUCUGUGUUGGAUUUGAAUUUCGUAUUUGAGUAAUUCCUUUCAUGUCCUGCUUCGAAUUCAAACUUUCUUCUCACUCGUUGUUAAACAGAUCUUGAAAAUUGGCUCCGCAAAGACGUUCGCAGCGCCACAUGGGCGGCCAGAUGCAGCAGAGCAAUGCUGCGGCGGCGACUGCCUUUUACGACCACGCCGGCGGUGGGACCCUGCAUAAUGCAGGCCCCACUAACGACGCUGGUGAUGCGGUCAUGGCUCGGUGGCUCCAGUCCGCUGGCUUGCAGCAUCUGGCCUCUCCCUUGGCUGAUCAGCGCUCCCUCCUCAUGCAGAGUUAUGGAGCACAAUCUGCCGAAGAGAAACAGAGGCUUUUAAAACUGAUGAGAAACCUGAAUUUUGGUGGGGAAUCUGGAUCUGAACCACAUACACCUACUGCCCAAGCUUCCGGAGUACUGGGUGCAAUGGAUGGCUAUUACUCUCCAGAAUUUAAGGGAGAUUUUGGUGCUGGACUUUUGGAUCUCCAUGCUAUGGAUGAUACCGAGCUUUUAUCUGAGCACGUUAUCUCAGAACCGUUCGAGCCGUCACCAUUCAUUCCUAGUGGUACUAGAGCAUUUGAGGAUGAAUUUAAUAUAGCUAGUAACAGGCAGCAAAGAAGCCAAGCUGACGAAGAUCCCGUGGCUGUGUUACCUGUGAUUGAAAAAGAGAACGUUGCUAGAGAAAAUAAUGUGGCUAAAAUCAAAGUUGUGGUGCGAAAGAGACCAUUAAACAAGAAGGAGCUUGCUCGUAAGGAGGAUGAUAUUGUAUCAGUAUGCGACAACGCUUCUUUGACCGUUCAUGAACCAAAACUAAAGGUGGACUUAACUGCAUAUGUGGAGAAGCAUGAAUUCUGCUUUGAUGCAGUUCUUGAUGAGUAUGUUACCAAUGAUGAGGUUUAUAGGGUUACCGUGCAACCAAUUAUUCCCAUCAUCUUUGAACGGACAAAGGCUACAUGUUUUGCUUAUGGCCAAACAGGCAGUGGCAAGACGUUUACAAUGCAGCCAUUACCUCUUAGAGCUGCUGAAGACCUUGUUAGAUUGUUACAUCAGCCGGUUUAUCGUAAUCAGAGAUUCAAGUUGUGGCUUAGCUUUUUUGAGAUAUAUGGUGGAAAAUUGUUUGAUCUACUCAGUGACAGAAAGAAGCUUUGCAUGAGAGAAGAUGGGCGGCAGCAGGUUUGUAUUGUUGGACUUCAAGAAUUUGAAGUGUCCGAUGUACAAAUUGUCAAAGAAUAUAUCGAGAAGGGAAAUGCUGCUAGGAGUACAGGUUCCACUGGUGCCAAUGAGGAGUCUUCAAGGUCACAUGCUAUAUUGCAACUUGCUGUUAAGAAACAUCCUGAAGUAAAGGAAUCCAGAAGGAACAAUGACGGAAAUGAGUUGAAAAGUGGGAAGCUUGUUGGGAAAAUCUCUUUUAUUGAUUUGGCUGGUAGCGAAAGAGGUGCUGAUACGACUGAUAAUGACCGUCAGACAAGGAUUGAAGGAGCAGAAAUCAACAAAAGUCUUCUGGCUUUGAAGGAAUGCAUUCGGGCCUUGGACAAUGAUCAGAUUCAUAUACCCUUCCGUGGAAGCAAACUCACAGAAGUGCUCCGUGAUUCUUUUGUUGGCAACUCGAGAACUGUUAUGAUAUCCUGCAUUUCUCCGAAUGCUGGUUCAUGUGAACAUACUCUCAACACUUUGAGAUAUGCUGACCGGGUCAAAAGUUUGUCCAAAAGUGGAAAUGCAAAAAAGGAUCCGGCUGUUAGUUCCAGUGUACCAACAGCUAGAGAUGUUUCUUCAGCCCCUUCUAUUCCAAUUCCAACUGAAGCAGAAGAUAUGAAUAUGCUGCGCCAAGAGGUGAAAUUAGGGGAAUUGGGCAGAAGAGUUGCAGAGAAAGAGAGUUUCUCCUCUUCCAACUUUGACAUGCCAACUACUGCUUUGCCAUUAAGCAAUAGCUUUCAUGCACGAGAAGAGAAAAGUGCAGGCAUAACUGUAACUUCUGCAUCAUUUGACAAGGAGCCACCUGAAGUGAGGAACGCUCAUAGUGAUCCGACGGGUCGAAAGAUUCCUAUGUAUUCCCACAACUUAAAUGAUAUGGAGGAGAAGGUGCAAAAGGUAUCACCACCCCGAAGAAAAUCAACCAGAGAUGAAAAAUCAGAAAAAUUGGGGAGCUGGCAGAAGAAAGAUGGUGCUGUGCCUGAUGUCUCAACUGCAAGCUCGAGGCAGUAUGGUUCAGGAAUAUCUAAUGCAAAUGAUAUUGGAUCCAGAAAGUCUGAACCUGAGCCGUCUCCUGAUGGGAAUAUUAAUGCAAUACUGGAGGAAGAAGAGGCGUUAAUUGCUGCUCAUCGAAAAGAAAUUGAGGACACCAUGGAGAUAGUGCGUGAAGAAAUGAAACUGUUGGCAGAAGUGGACCAACCUGGAAGCCACAUUGAAAACUACGUGACUCAGUUGAGUUUUGUGCUGUCUCGGAAGGCCGCGGGUUUGGUUAGUCUUCAAGCACGCCUUGCAAGGUUCCAGCAUAGACUUAAAGAACAAGAAAUACUGAGCCGAAAAAGAGUACCGCGUUAGAAAGGGGGUGAGUUUGUUUUCAUGUCUUCAACUCCUCCUCAGCUGUAUCCUCCUUGCUUCCUUCUUCUCAUCUCUUCCAUAUUACAUAAUAUCAUUAAUCAAUUGAUUUGUACAUUUCGAGCUUGAAAAAUAGAUUGGAAUUGAAUUUGCUUGUUUUCUCUCUUGCCCUGA